AUGAAGCGCAUCGUGCAUAUCUUCAGCCGAGAACCCGGCCUGAAGGAAAUAAUUGCAUCAAUGCACAGAGAUGUUGAAUUGAAAGAGAUUUGCCCACCAUCUCCAGUACCUUCUAGUUAUAAGCCUGGAAUAAGAACAGGUUUUAAGAUUGAUUGUAGUAUCUACCAACAAGUUAUAGAAGAAGAAGAACUACAGUAUAUGGGUAUGGCAGCUCUUUACUUAGGAUUAGCUACAGGAAUGCAUAUUGAGCAUAUUCUAUCCACAACUAGUAUACGAUUUCAGCCUGUUAUCGAUGAUAUUAUAACUGGAGACAUCAUCAAUCGAAAUCGUUGUAAAGAAGGCUCAUCUCUCACAGCUAAACAGAUAAAUGAAUUGGAAGAAGCUGAGGUACUGAUUUCUGAUCCUCAGUUGGCUGGGCCCUUACUUUCUAGAUUAAAGAACUUGAAAUGGAUGCAAUCGACAUGGGCCGGCAACGACGCUAUGAAAAAUUUUGUAACCACGAAACCAACUUUUGUUAUGACCCGGAUGGCCGAUACUUUCGGUUACACUAUUUCUGAAUAUGUUCUUGCUCAAAUAAUUAUUCAUGAAAGACACUUAGAUCGUUACUGGCAGCAACAGAAAGAUAAAAUUUGGAAGCAAAGAUCGGUACGUUCUCUUCAAGAUCUUACGUUAGGCAUACUUGGCGCUGGUAACAUUGGCUGCCAUGUUGCUAAAGUAGCAAAAAAUAUCGGAAUGACAACUUGGGGUCUAGUCCGAAGAGAGUUACCCUCUCAUGAUAGGUCUCCAUUUGUUGAUCACUAUAGAACGCAAAACAAUCUACAAGAAUUACUAUCUGAAAAUGAUUACAUUUGCAACGUACUCCCUAACACUAGUAAAACUAUGAAUCUAUUAUCAGGAAACGUGUUAAAAGUCUGCGAAAAGAAGAAACCUGUUUUUAUCAAUGUCGGAAGAGGUGGAAUAAUCGAUGAUAACAGCUUGAUUACGGCUAUAAGGAAUGGAUGGAUCUCUGCUGCUAUUCUUGACGUUUUUAACGAGGAGCCAUUACCUGCGGAUCACCCUUUCUGGACUAUACCAGAGAUUACUAUCACACCGCAUAUAUCUGGUCCAGGAAUUCCAGUAAAGAUUUCAGAAGUAUUCGUCAGAAAUUUAAAAUUUUAUAAUGCCAAUAAGGACUUAGAUUUUGUCUACAACUGGGACGAAGAGUAUUAA